CCAAACUUCCCAUCUCAGUUUUUGCUACUCUCUCUGCGCUUCUCCACAUCAAUCCCGCAAGAUGACGAUCUCUGCAACCAAUCCAUCGAUAGUCUCUUUUGGUGAGAUGCUGAUCGAUUUCGUCCCCAAUGUCAACGGAGUUUCCCUAGCAGAGUCCGACGGAUUCAUCAAAGCCCCCGGCGGCGCCCCCGCGAAUGUCGCCUGCGCCAUCACCAAACUCGGUGGCUCUUCCGCUUUCAUCGGCAAGGUUGGAGACGAUGAAUUCGGGCAUAUGUUGGCUAAUAUCCUGAAGGAGAACGGCGUUAACAGUGAUGGCGUGACAUUCGAUCCAGAUGCGAGGACCGCAUUGGCGUUCGUGACAUUGAAGAAGAAUGGAGAGAGGGAGUUUAUGUUCUACAGAAACCCUAGCGCUGAUAUGCUUCUCAAGGAAUCGGAGAUUAACAUGGAGAUGAUCAAGCAGGCGAAGAUCUUCCACUAUGGAUCCAUUAGUUUGAUUGCUGAACCUUGCAGGUCUGCUCACUUGGCCGCCAUGAAAGCUGCUAAGGAAGCUGGAGUCUUGCUUUCCUAUGAUCCUAAUGUGAGAUUGCCGCUUUGGCCAUCGCCAGAAGCUGCUCGUGAAGGGAUUAAGAGUAUUUGGAAAGAAGCUGAUUUCAUUAAGGUUAGCGACGAAGAGGUGGCUUUUCUGACACAAGGAGACCCUGCAGAUGAGGAAGUGGUUUUAUCUCUGUGGUAUGAAGGUCUGAAGUUGCUUGUUGUUACUGAUGGUGAAAAGGGUUGCAGAUAUUUCACUAAGGACUUCAAAGGCAAGGUGGAUGGGUUUGCAGUGGAUACAAUUGACACUACUGGAGCUGGUGAUGCUUUUGUUGGUUCAUUCCUCCUUUCAGUUGCCCAAAAUGCUUCCAUCUUUCAGGAAGAAGAGAAAUUGAGAGAGGCACUUAAAUUUGCAAACGCUUGUGGGGCGAUAUGUACAACCCAGAAAGGAGCGAUUCCGGCACUUCCUACUACGGCACAAGCUCACGAUCUCAUCACCAAAUCUUAAGGGGAAAAAUAAUUGAAGAAGUGGUUUCCCUCUUCAAUUUGGACACUCUUCUUGUUUCUUUUGCAU